GGUGACUGGGCUCUUAAGCACAUCGUCCUGCGACCGGCCUCUUAGAUGUCUCUGUACUACGAUGCAGCAGCGGUGCUAACGGCAACUGCCCAAGACGGCUCGCUGAAGUCUCGCAUCUACGGGAACAAACUGGGGUUGAAAUCCAAGCCGGCACACAUCUAUGCGCUCAUUUCAGAGACUGCAAAAUACGACCAGUUCAUCAAAGAAGUCGUCGACAAUGCGGGCCUCCUGGGUCAAGAACAAAAGUUGACACCAAUCCUUUCCUUGCUUCUUGUCCACGACCAUUUCUUCUCGAAGAGUGGCGUCGCAGCGCCCUCUGCACAUCCCCUUCGACAAGCUAUCGAAAGAAAUAAAGCGAGGUUGCAAGCGGAAUUCACAAAAGCUAGGCUGCGGAGAAGAUGUGCUACGUUAGACAAUCUGCGAAGGAGUCUUUUGGCGGAGAGUCCGCGGGCAUAUCGCUCUCAGCCAAGAUGGAUUCGCAUCAAUACAUUGAAGACUAGCCUCGAGCAGGAGCUUGCUACGACCUUCAAGGGAUACCAGUCCGCUGCGACCAUCACGGAAGUGACCAAUUCCUUUGCUACAGACAAGGUUCUGGCCAUCGAUCAGCACGUUCCAGAUCUAGUCGCACUGCCUCCGGAGGCAGACGUGACGAAAACACAAGCCUACAGAGACGGAAAACUCAUUCUGCAAGACAAGGCUUCAUGCUUCCCGGCAUGCAUGCUUGUCGGAGAAAGGGGUGGCAAUUCUGACAUUCGAGACUGCUUAGAUGCUUGUGCUGCACCCGGAAACAAGACUUCCCAUCUCGCGGCGCUGCUUGCCAAAAAUGGGAAGACGGAAACCAAGGUGUUUGCUUGUGAGCGGGAUCCUAAUCGGUCGAAGACAUUAUUGUCCAUGAUGCAGAAGAGCGGCUCAGAUGCUGUGAUAGUUCAACCAAGUUGUGACUUUUUGAGUCUCAAUUCUCAUGACGCCAAGUACGAGAACGUCACACAUCUUCUCCUUGAUCCGAGCUGCUCCGGCAGUGGAAUCGUUGGGCGCGAAGACGUUCCUUCCUUAGCGCUACCUGUUGACCCAAGAUCUGAGAAGGCACAUCCGACACCCUCUCCAAAGGCCUCGAAGAAGAGGAAAAGAGAUCAUCAUCACGAAGAGGCUGUGAAUAUUGCAAAUGAGGUCGAAGAAACGAGAGACGCUGUAUCAGAUAGCGCUAGACUACUGAAACUGUCGAACCUGCAAACCAAGAUUGUCGAGCACGCUCUUUCCUUCCCGGCUGCCGUCCGGGUAACUUAUUCGACAUGUUCAAUCCAUGUGGAGGAGAACGAAGCCGUCGUGUUCCGAGUGCUACAGUCUCGGACUGCAAAGGAAAGAAGCUGGCGGCUGUUGCGGAGGGAAGAACAAGUUCGAGGGAUGCGUCAAUGGGGGCAGCGCGGUUUGGCUGUGUCUGAGGAGUCAGCGAGCUGUCGUUCAGCUUUAGGCGAAGAGGAACGUGAAGCAUGCAUUCGGUGCCAUCCAGGAGACGAUGAGGGGACCAUGGGCUUCUUCGUCUGCUGUUUUGUCCGUUCGCCGGUGGGAACGAAGAAGAGUACUACUGGUGAAGCUAUCGACACUCGGCGGGAAGAGGAGAGUUGGGAAGGCUUUAGCGACUAAGGGUCCGAUCACACUACCGAGUACAAAUAGACAUGUACAUGGUUUGGACAAGGACCCAAAGGAACCCAAGAGUGCCCCUGAGCAUGGUUGAGGAGCUGGUCUUGGUGGUCUGUGGUAGGCAUCCUUGUCGGGGUAGGCGUCUUUGAUAGUCGACUACCGUGAAUGCCAAGCUCCGUCUUAACCCAAAAAAGCACUGGCUCGAUCGACAUCGCGAGGUCUGGAAUCCAACAGCAGAACCUCCUUCGAUCUCAC